AUGACAUGUUUCGUGACUGUCGGCACCACUCUUUUCGAAGAUUUGAUUAAUGAGGUAAGGAAAAUACUCUUUUUUUUUGUAAUUUCUCACAAUUUUAAGGUCUUGAGUGCGGCAUCAUUGGAGAAUCUGCGGAAAAUUGGCGUCAAACGCGUGCUUCUUCAAAUCGGAAAGGGAAAUUUCAAUCAGUCGGUUCUGGAUCGUCUGUUCGAAGGAGGUCCGACAAAAGACGCUGAUUCCGUAACUGUUCAGGAGACGAGCAUCGAGUAUUACCGCUUCAAACCGUCGAUCAGUGAGGAUAUGGCGAAUGCUUUUGUAAGUUCUGGCGUCUGAAAUCCAGAAAAAGGCCAUUUACAGGUUGUGAUCGGUCAUGCGGGAGCGGGAACGUGUCUGGAAGUGCUCGCCCUCCACAAGCCCUUCAUCACAGUGACCAACGAGAAAUUGAUGGACAACCAUCAGGCGGAGCUGGCCGAGCAGCUCUCCGACGAAAGAUACCUUCUGCACUGCACUCCGUCGACCCUUCCGGAAACCAUUCUCAGCGAGAAUCUCUUCACGCGGCGACAAUUCAAGGCACCGUCGAAGAAGGGCGUCGCGCAGCACAUCGAGGCAAUGGUUGGCAUUCAGAAGACCGAAUGA